UCGAAAACCACAAGCCUGCCCCCUCGAUCUAAUUCCUUUCCUCUUUUCUUCUUCAAUUCGCUCCCAUCUCUGCACCUCUUUUACAGCAGCCAUGGCGGCUUCUGCUGUUCCAUCGACUUUCCGCUUCUCUUUUCUUCUGCUCCUUUUCUCCCUCACCUCAGCUCAGCUAUCCGCCAACUUCUACUCUACAACUUGCCCAAACGCACUCUCCAUUAUCCAAACCGCAGUCGCCAAUGCCGUCAACUCCGAGGCCAGGAUGGGGGCAUCCUUGCUUCGUCUCCAUUUUCACGACUGUUUUGUUAAUGGGUGUGAUGCAUCCAUCUUAUUGGACGACACGGCCAAUUUCACGGGAGAACAAUCUGCUGGUCCAAAUAUUAACUCAAUUAGAGGACUCAAUGUAAUAGACAAUAUCAAAACUCAACUCGAGAAAUCUUGUGUCGGUGUUGUGUCUUGUGCAGAUAUUGUUGCCGUUGCUGCUAGAGACUCCGUUGUUGCGCUUGGUGGCCCUAGUUGGAAUCUUUUAUUAGGUAGAAGAGACUCAACCACUGCAAGCCAAAGUGCUGCCAACAGCCUUCCUGGACCUGGUUUGAGUUUAAGUCAGCUCAUUUCUACCUUCUCUAACAAAGGUUUUAGUGCCAGAGAAAUGGUUGCUCUUUCAGGAAGUCACACAAUUGGACAGGCUAAGUGUUCUUUUUUUCGGAGCCGUAUCUACAAUGAAAAUAACAUAAAUGCUUCAUUCGCAACGUUGCUAAAAGCGAAUUGUCCUCAGAGUGGAGGCGACAACAAUCUUGCUCCCCUCGACACCACCACACCAACCUCAUUCGAUAAUGCUUAUUUCAAAAAUUUGCAAAGUCAAAAGGGGUUGUUACACUCCGAUCAGCAACUAUUUAAUGGCGGAUCUACAGAUUCCAUAGUCAACACUUAUAGCUCCAAUCCUUCGACAUUUGCAACAGACUUCGCUAAUGCUAUGGUGAAAAUGAGUAACCUUAGCCCUCUCACGGGAACUAAAGGCCAGAUAAGAAAGAAUUGCAGAAAGACCAAUUGAAUUGUAUGGUGAACACGUACAAUUAAGCUUUCAAAUUUUAGUAAGAUUUCUGUUGAGUAAUUAUGGGUUUGGGAUGAUUAGCAAAUAAAGCCUUCCAAAGGGUAGGUGAAGAUGUGGUAUUUUAUUUUCUUUGCUAUAAAGAAAGAACAAGAAAAAUUAAUAUGUUUUGCUUUUAUCAUAUCCAAUAUUGGCAAUUGUAACUCAUAUAUUAAUACAAGUUUUGAGUUAAUAUAAUCCAAGUGAUUUUGUAAU